CUGAGCAAAACCCAUUUGAAGGUCUGAGGAAACACAGAGAGAGAGAGAGAGAGAGAACCCAGAACUCACACAGAGGAGGAGAGAGGGAGAGAGGAACUGAAAGAGCCCCUUUUUCUUAAUUGUAUCUAUCUGUGAGAUCUUGUCCUUCUACAUUGACUACUUUGUAGUGGGCAAGGUAAAUAAAAAGAUUAAAAGCAUCAAAUUAUAAUAAAAUUUUCAUGGGCUUUCUCCCUCCCUCCUUUUCUCUCAUUCUCUGCGAAUGUUUGAGGCAUUAAUGCUAUCAAUCGAGCUUCUUCUACUCUUGUAAUAGAAGCUGAGAGAAAAGGGGGAAUUCUGUUUACGUAUGUAUUUUUUUGUUUUUCAUAAUUUUUUUUAUGAAAAAGGGAAAAAAUUCUUGGAAGAUUUUGUGUAUUGGAUUGAUGAUUGUAGUUAGGGUUUUUCUUACUUGGGGUGUGCUUAGGAUGUUUCUGUUGGUGGAUUUUUCUAGGGUUUGGUCGGAUCGUCUGUUGGAACGGCUCUAAUCCUGUGAUUUGGACUGUUAGGGUUACAAUCAAGACAGGUUGCGGAAUAAAGACCGAGAAUUUGGAUUGUUCAGGUGUCACGCCAACUGGAAAUAGAGAUCGGUACAGUGUUUGUAUGAUGGGCGCAAAUUUGGAUAUUUUCCUGACCACGGUCUGUGGGUUCUGUAGUUCUGGUGUUAAAUUGCUGAAACUAGACCUUUUCAUACAUUGAAUCUGCAUUGGGAGAUGGUGAAAUUUUGGGUUUAUGGAUAUGGAAGAAGAUUGCACUUUAAAAUUUGUGUAGAUGGUGAUGUGGAAUUGAGAAUUUCUUUGUUUUGAGAUCGCGGGUUCUGUUGUUUUCGUUAGAUGAGUGUUUUUAUUUCAUCUUCUUCAUCGGGAGAAGUUCUUGGUGUCUAUUUUUGCUGAUAAGGAAGAGGUCAUGGUUCUACAGUCCAAUCCGGGAAGAAGAAGAUCAGAUUGCAGUGGACUCUCUUCGUUGUUCUAGAUACCCUUCGGCUUAACAUAGCUCAACAAGCACUGUAGCUUUAGGAACUAAUUUUCUUUUCUUUGUUUCCUGUCUCUGGCAACAUUCAAGCUGGUGCAGUAUUUUUGAUACAGUAGAUUUGAUCGUUAUCUGGGCAUCAUUGAAGCUAGUGCAGUGUUUGAUCAGUGGAAUUUGUAUCAAAAUUCAGAGGAGUGUUCUGUUUCUUGCAUGAUAGUGAUUUGAGUAAUUUGGAUUUUAAAAUUUUUGGUUGCUGGGGAGACCUAAGAAGAUAAGAUCAUGGAAAAUCAUUGAAAUAGGAAAUGAGUGCGGGGACAUGGUGCAUGGGCAGGAGAACAGUUGCUGCUGCUCCGUUACCUUCUUGGAACAGUUCUACUGUAAACUAAGUGAAACUUUUUUGUUGGUGAAAGGAGCCCACGUUUCUGAUUCCAGGAUUCUGUGCGAUGUCUCGCUGCUUUCCAUUUCCGCCACCUGGAUAUGAAAAGAAGGCCAGGACCGAUGAAGCAGAUAUUCUAGCAAAGGAGAAGCACAAAGAGAAAAAACAGAAGAAUGAGAAGGACAAGGAGAAGAAAGAGAAGAAGGACAAGGAGAGAAGCAAAGAUAAACAUAAGGAAAAGAAAGACCGAAAGGAAAAGCACAAAGACAAGAAGAAGGACAAGGAUAGGGAUAAAGAUAAAAACAAAACCUCAAAAGAGAAGAGGAUUGAAGGGCAACCCGGAGCCUGCAAUGGAGAGAAGAUUGACCAGAACAGCCAGCGGGAUGGGGACAUCAAGGAUUUUAAAUUUGCACAGGACUUGGGCAGGAGGAUCAGAGAUGCAGAAAAAGGGGCGGGGGUCCAAAUGCUUGAGAACUUUACUGGUACAGAACAAAGAAAAGUUGAGGUUAUGGCCAGGUUGGUGGAGAAAGAUGUUGACAGCAGGCAUGAAGGGAGAGAGAAGAAUAAGGUUGGUGCAGAUCAAAGAAGAGCCGAUGUGGGGAUGGCCAGAGUGGUGGAGAAAGAUGUUACCAACAGGGUUGAAGGGAAAGAAAAAAAUAAGGAUGGUUUGGAUCAACGAAGAGCCAAGGAGAUGGCCAGAGUGGUGGAUAAUGUUGUCAGUUGGGCUGAAGGGAAAGAAAAGAUCAAGGAUGGUAUGGAUCAACGAAGAGCCAAUGGGAUGGCCAGAGUGGUGGAGAAUGCUGUCAAUUGUGCUGGAGGGAAAGAAAAGAAUAAGGAAAAGAAAAAUGAUGAUAGAAGGGAUGGUGUACAAAAAUAUGGAGAUGAGCGAAGAAAUGCAGGACAUGCAAAAUUUCAGAAUAUCACCAGACUGGAUCAACAAAGAGUUGAAGGAAUGGUCAAACCAGUGGAGAAGGAUGCGGAGAAUAAACUGGAAGGGAAAGAAAAGAAAAAAAACAAGGAAGGCAGUGAUAAGAGGGGGGAUAAGCACAAGGAGAAAGAUCGAGAGAAGAAAAGGAAAGGAAAGAGUAAAGACAGGAGUAAAGAGAAGGAGAAGGAGAAAGAGAAGGAGAAGGAGAAAGCGAAGGAGAAAAGUGACCACAAAAACAAGGAGCAGGAUAAAUUAAAAGAAAGCAGCAAGUACCCUACAAACACCAUCAACAUUAAAACAUCAACAUUAAACUUUUCCAGGGAGAGUAACAAUAGUUCCGAUGCCGAUGGAAAUCUCAGGAAAAGAAAAGAAAGAGAGAUGAAUGGGUUCUCAAAUGGGAGUGACGUUCGGCCAAAUAAAUUACCAAGACCUGCCUCUUCCUCUCACCUGUUAACAGAGAAUGGAAAGAAAGUUGAACCAUGCCAACCUGCUAUGCAGUUUACUUCUGAUAAGCAGGGGCUACCCAAUAACUUUAAGGCAGAGUAUAAGGAGCACAAAGUCAAUGGUAUAAUAGAAGCUCAGAAGGCUUCUGUUUGCUCGACAAAGGUGUUGUCCACCGGACAAGCAAUUGAGAAUGGUGAAACUUCUAGGAAACUGCCACAUCCUGAUUUGGAACUUCUAAGCCAGAUACUUUCAGUACCCAAAAUGGAGGAAUGGUCCGAUUUUGAUGAUCAGGAAUGGCUGUUUAGCAGUGAUGGUCUCCAAUUGAAGAAUCCGAAGGUGGAAUCUUCUGUGGUUGACGAGCCCCUACAGGUGUGGGCGGAAGCUCUGCGUAUAGAGUCAGCUGAUGUUUGUGCUCUGCCAUAUGUCAUUCCAUACUGAUUGAGUACUUGUUGGACUUGGAUGGCAUACCUUCCAAUUCUGCCCAACCACUGGAGGCCCCAAAUAUACCCCUUCAGGAAUGUAAAGCAGCAUCUGGAUCUCAGAGUUAGGUUGUUGGUUUAUCAUGCUGCUUUCUCCUGUUGAUAUGCUUCCUGUUCUUUCAGGGUAUGCAUUCCACCAUCUGUUGCAGUAAGUCUUGAUUGUGUGGCUAUGUUGUCGUGGAAUUCUUUUAUAUUAAAUCAAAUGUGUCGCACACAUUGCAGGUAUGCCUUCCACCAGGCACCAUCUGCUUGCUCCAUUAGGUUGGUGCAUCGUUGCAGGCUUGGUAUGGAGAGGGAUUUUUACCCCCUCUUCUCUAAGUACUACUAAUCUAUGAGAACCUUACCUUAGGUACCACCAGAAGGUAAUGUCACAUACCUUGAGAUCCAAAAUAUCCCUGAGUUGAUUGUAGGGAAAAAAAAGAGAUUGAAAAGAUGCUAAAUUUGUGCAUUUUUAUUUUUGUUUAUUUAAGCUAAAAGGCUCUUCUAAUAGAGUGGUCUUUGCUGCACCACCACAAAAUUUUGAUUUGUAACAUAUCAAUCUUAUUUACAAGAAAUGUACAAUAGAGGGAAGAAA